UUGUUUCUUUUUUUUUUUCUUCUUCUUCUUCUUCAAUGCGUGCUUCCAUUCUGCUUGUUGCCGCUUUUGUGGCUGUUGCCGCUGCUCUGCCGAUGCAGUCGCACCCGACCUGCCGCCCUCCCAAGAACGAGUGGGCGAACGGCGAGCUCGUGCUCUCACCCCGUCCGCACGAAUACCUCAACGUUGAGGACCUCCCUGAUUCGUUCACCUGGGGCAACGUCAACGGCGUCAACUACUUGAGCGAGCGCCGCAACCAGCACGGCCCCGAGUCGUACUGCGGCAGCUGCUGGGACGUUGCCACCACCAACGCUGUUUCUGAUCGCAUUGCCAUCCUCCGCAAGAACGCCUACCCCCCGGUCGUGCUCUCGGCCCAAGUCGUGCUCAACUGCGGCUAUGGCGGCUCGUGCGGUGGCGGCUCUGCGUCCGGCGUGUACGAGGCCCUCAACAAGUACGGUCUGCCCGACGAGACCUGCCAGGCCUACGCUGGUGACAUUGCCCAAGCCUGCAAGGACGUCAACAUUUGCGAAACCUGCGGCUCGUCUGGCUGCACUGCCAUCUCCAACUUUACCAUGUACUAUGUCAGCGAGUACGGCACUGUUCGCGGCGCCGACAAGAUGAAGGCUGAGAUUUUCGCUCGUGGCCCGAUCUCGUGCGGCAUUGAUGCCACCGCUGCUCUUGAGGCCUACACUGGCGGUGUUUUCAGCGAGUUUAGCGUCCUGCCCAUCAUCAACCACGAGAUCUCGGUUGUCGGCUGGGGCACGAACGGCUCCACCUCGUACUGGAUUGUCCGCAACUCGUGGGGCUCGUUCUACGGUGAGGACGGUUUCUUCCGCAUCAAGAUGGGCGGCGACAACCUUGCCAUCGAGACCGACUGCUCGUGGGGCGUUCCCACCCUCACCAAGCCCAGCACCGCUGCUCCCAAGGUCGCUGCCCCCGUCCCCGUCCCCGCUCCCGCCGCCAAGACUCCCGCCGAGCUUGGUCUGUACCACGACCUCUCCCGCCCCGGUGUUCGCAUCGACCGCACUGCCUCGCGCCAGAUGAACAUUGUCUCGCCCCAGCCCUUCGAGUUCCUGAGCGUCGGUGACCUCCCUGCCUCGUUCGACUGGAGCAACGUCAACAACACCAACUACCUGCCCUCGCCCCGCAACCAGCACAUUCCCCAGUACUGCGGCUCUUGCUGGGCCCAUGCUACCACCUCGGCUCUUUCUGCUCGCUACUUUAUUGCCAACAAUGCUCAGGGCAUUCCGUUCAACCUCAGCCCCCAGAUCCUCAUCAACUGCGUCACUGCCAACCAAACCCAAGGCUGCAACGGUGGCGACCCGCUGGCCGCGUACGCCUGGAUUGCUGUCAACGGCAUCCACGACGACACUGGCACGUGGUACGAGGCCAAGAACCUCCCCUGCACCGACUACUACAAGUGCCACACUUGCGAGCCCUCUGGCAAGUGCAACGCUGUCCCCAACUGCCUCAACUUUGGCGUUGCCCAGUUUGGCGAGAUUGUCGGCGAGGCUGCCAUGAAGGCUGAGAUCUUUGCCCGCGGCCCCGUUGCCGUCACUAUUGCCGUCACCACCGAUCUGAUCAACUACACUGGUGGCGUCUUCCACGACACUACCGGCGCCAUCGGCGAUGACCACUCUGUCAUGCUCACUGGCUGGGGCGUUGACAACUCUGGCACUCCUUACUGGACCAUCGUCAACAGCUGGGGCACUUACUGGGGCGAGACUGGCGCUGCCCGCAUUGUUCGUGGCGUCAACAACCUCGGCAUUGAGUCGCAAGGCGCUCAGUGGGCCACUCCCCGUCUUUAAAUAGAUUGCCAUUGCUGGUCAGAAACACGGCACUUUGGCGUUGCUGUGUGUUGACUCUGUGUGAUUGCGCAGCGAGUUGUUGCAUUGUUUCUGAAAUUGUAGUAAAAAUUUGUGCUUCGAUCUGUCUUUUGUCCAUUGUCUGUUUGAUGUCGCUGCACUGAGAUAAAGUCCAGUAUCG